GGUCCGGUGGUAGAUGGUGUGAGGUGCCGGUUUCUUGUAAGGUGUAUGAAAUGUGAUCACCGGUGUGUAAGAGCGUGCCAUAUGCUGGUCAUUGGCAUCGCUUAUAGUUGAGGGUGUGUUUUGGGCAUGUGCCCUCCAGCGAGGCGCUAAAGUACAACCACCCCCGCCUGACCAUGCUGAACCUGGCAGGUAGUGGUGUCCUGCCUGUGGACUCUGCUGAGUUAACUACUGUUGAUGAGCCUGAAAAUGGCCAGCUGCCAGAUGUUGUUGUUGAAGCCAGCAUGCUGGCACCACCUGCAGAACCUCCUCAGUCUGAAACAUAUCUAUCAAUUGCUAUUCAAGUAUUCAUCCCAUUUCUUAUAGCAGGUCUAGGCAUGGUCGGGGCAGGAUUGGUGCUAGAUGCUGUGCAGCACUGGACAGUAUUUGAAGCAGUGACAGAAGUUGUUAUACUUGUACCUGCACUGUUGGGUCUCAAAGGAAAUCUGGAGAUGACCCUUGCGUCUCGCUUAUCAACACAAGCUAAUCUAGGUCACAUGGACACACCUAAGCAACAAUGGAGCAUGAUUGUUGGAAAUCUUACAUUGAUACAGUGUCAGGCAAAUGUGGUUGGAUUCCUUGCUUCAGUUGUGGCAAUAGUGAUGGGAGGUUUCAAGAGCAGCAGUGUGCGGCUUGACCAUGCACUUCUUAUGUGUGCCAGCAGUUUAGUGACUGCUUCACUUGCCAGCUUUGUUCUAGGUCUUACAACUGCUGCAGUGAUAGUUUUCUCACGGCAUUGUAGCAUCAAUCCCGAUAAUGUAGCUACUCCAAUUGCAGCAAGUCUUGGUGACGUUACAUCACUCGCUCUUCUCUCAUGGAUAUCAACUGUCCUCUAUGAUGCUAUAGGGAAAACCGACUGGCUGGCCCCACUUAUCAUUUCUGGUUUUGUUCUCGUGACUCCUUUGUGGGUUUGGAUUUCAAAGCAGAAUAAGCACACACGAGAAGUUCUUUACUGUGGAUGGACACCAGUGUUGGUGGCAAUGCUUAUUAGCAGUGCUGGUGGCCUAAUAUUGGAUGUAAUGGUCUCACGUUUUGAAGGAAUUGCAGUCUUCCAACCAGUUAUAAAUGGUGUAGGUGGAAAUCUUGUGGCUGUUCAAGCCAGUCGAAUAUCAACAGCCCUUCACCGCGAUGCUGAACUUGGCACAUUAGAUGAAGAUACUGAUAACAUAAUGCUUUCACCAUUAAUAAUUUUCUUUGGAAGAGCAGCUGGCCAACACGCUGCUCUGCUCUGCUCUUCUCUUUAGUGCUGCUCCACUAUAAGGAACAUAGAUGGACAACAUGUCUUUGCUUUCUGGAUGACAUCGUUUUUUGAAGAACACCUAAGCUCCCUGACAAACAUGUUGAAGUGUAUUUAAAACUGUAGCUCUUCGACUGAAUGUGAAAAAGUGCUGCUUCGUCAUCCAAGAAAUGAAAAUGUUGGGGCACCUAGCUAACAACAAUGGAGUCCAUCCCAACCCAGAGAAAAUAGGACCAGACACACAUUCCAACUCCUUGGCACAAUCAUGAUGUGAGAAGUUUUCUUUCCAUGUGCUUGUGGCCCCAGUCAUUUGUUAAGGACUUAUGUAACGAGGCACAUCCCUUGCAAAAACCACUGGAGGGAGAUGCCAAAUUUUCCUGGAAUUAAAUGUAAGAUCAUCUUGACUUGUCCCUAAGAAGAUGCUAUCAUCAUCUCCAGUUCUAGUAUUGUAUGAUAAUGCCAAGACUAAACUUCAUACUGACACUGUGACAGGACUGUUGACAAGGUAUAGAUGUAGGGUGCUCUAAUGAGAGCUUCUGAAACAGUGGGUCGCUGUUUAUCCAGGAGAUGGACCAGUGUCGUGAGUUGUGCUGCAUACAGUGUGGUGUCUUGGUUAGCAUAUCUGACUGGUGUCGUUAGGGUCACCAGUUAAACUUCAAGCAUCAACAAUUAUUUGUUAUUCAUAUUUAUCAUUUCUGGAAGGUUCUAAAAAU